UCACCAACACCACACUCUGUGCUAUGGAGAGGCAAACGUCUACAGGUCUCCUUUCCCCAUCAAGCAGUUACAUGGGACGUUCCUAAGAGAGGGUGGAAGCCACAUAAAGGUCUUGAAGAUGCAGACAGAGCCUGAGUAACUCCUCCUGUUUGAGAUGUCGUCCAGCGAUAAGAACGGGGGCAGCCGGUCGAGCACCAGCAGCAGCCGCCUGCAGAGCAGGAAGCCGCCUGACCUCUCCAUCACCAUUCCACCAGUGGAGCUAGAGGAGGAAAGCAGCCAAAAGGUGCCUCUGAAAAACCCAGUGUAUCAAAAGAGCGUGAGCCUACAGGAGCCCAGAGGGAAAAGGGAUGAGAACAUGUUGGAGAGACGUCCCGGCUUCCACAGACAGACCUCCCUGUCCCAGAGCAUCCGCAAGGGCACAGCCCAGUGGUUUGGUGUCAGCAGUGACUGGGAGGGAAAGCGGGAGCACUGGCAACGCAAGAGCCGGCAGCACUGCAGCCUGCGAUAUGGCAAGCUCAAGGCCCCCUACCGAGACAUGGAGCUACCCAGUCAGGAGGUGCCCUCCUUCCAAGGCACCGAGUCACCGAAGCCAUGCAAGAUGCCCAAGAUCGUAGACCCUUUGGCCAGAGGCCGUCCGUUCCGGCAUCCGGAUGAAGUCGAUCGUCCUCGGACCCCUCAUCCUGUUCUACCACCCCAGACGCCUGGAGUCCUCUCCCUAACAUCUUUCACCAGUGUGCGGUCAGGCUACACCCGUUUGCCCCGUAGGAAGAGGGAGUCUGUCGCCCACAUGAGCUUCAGGGCAGCUGCGGCUAUAAUCAAAGGACGUUCAGUUUUGGAGCCCUCGCCAUCGAAACACAGAGGCAACAAGCGGAGCUUCCUGUAUCCCAGCUUCCUGGAUGAGGACAUGGUGGAUGCUGCAGAUACACUGGACUCCUCAUUCUUCAGUAAGAUAGAUGCGCACGAGGAGAUGUAUUCCAUGCCGGAUGACGUGUUCGAAUCGCCACCCCUCUCAGCUGCUUACUUCCAAGGGCUUUCUCACCUGGACGGCGCCCGAUCCUCUGAGGUGGAACAGCCUGUUCUGAAGGAAGGUGUCGGGUUCUCGGUGUCCGCAGUCCCCGGCCCCAAGAGAGGCAAGCGGAUUGCUUCCAAAGUGAAGCACUUCGCCUUUGACCGCAAGAAGCGAUACUACGGGCUGGGGGUGGUGGGCAAGUGGCUGAACAGGACGUACCGCCGGAGCAUCAGCAGCACGGUCCAGUCUCAGCUGGAGAACACAGACAGUCACAGGCCGUAUUUCACCUAUUGGCUCACCUUUGUCCAUAUCAUCAUCACCCUGCUGGUUAUCUGCACGUACGGCAUCGCGCCAAUCGGGUUUGCCCAGCACGUGACGACAGAGUUAGUGCUGAGGAACAAAGGUGUGUAUGAGAGUGUGAAGUACAUCCAGCAGGAGAACUUCUGGAUUGGCCCAGGCUCGAUUGACCUGAUCCACCUGGGAGCCAAGUUCUCCCCUUGCAUCCGCAAGGACCAGCAGGUUGAGAAGCGCAUUCAAAAAGAGAGAGAGCAGGAGCGUAACUCGGGCUGCUGCGUCCAAAACGACAACUCGGGCUGCAUCCAGACUCAGCGAAAAGACUGUUCGGAGACGUUAGCAACUUUCACAAAGUGGCCAGAUUCUAACUCCCCGACGAUGCUCAGCAAUUCCAGCUGGAAGCGAACAUCCGGGGCUGUAUGCCAUCAGGACCCCAGGACGUGCGAGGAGCCAGCCUCCACCCCGCCUCACGUCUGGCCAGAUGACAUUACCAAGUGGCCGAUUUGCACCUAUCAAGCCAAAAACAACCACACAGGCUUUUUGCACCUGGACUGUGAGAUCAAAGGGAGACCGUGCUGUAUCGGUACCAAAGGCAGCUGUGAGAUCACCACACGGGAAUACUGCGAGUUCAUGCACGGCUACUUCCAUGAGGAGGCAACUCUCUGCUCGCAGGUCCAUUGCUUGGAUGAUGUGUGUGGCCUCCUGCCCUUUCUGAACCCAGAAAUCCCCGAUCAGUUCUACAGACUCUGGCUGUCCCUUUUCCUUCACGCCGGGAUAGUUCACUGCCUGGUAUCAGUGAUCUUCCAGAUGACAAUCCUCAGGGAUUUGGAGAAGCUGGCAGGCUGGCAUAGGAUCUCGAUCAUCUUCAUCCUCAGCGGCAUCACUGGCAACCUGGCCAGUGCCAUCUUCCUUCCAUACCGGGCAGAGGUUGGCCCUGCUGGAUCCCAGUUUGGCUUGCUGGCCUGCCUCUUCGUGGAGCUCUUUCAAAGCUGGCAGAUCCUAGAGAAGCCCUGGAAGGCUUUUCUAAACCUCUUUGGGAUCGUCCUCUUUCUGUUUCUGUGCGGCCUCCUGCCUUGGAUUGACAAUAUCGCCCACAUCUUCGGCUUUCUCAGCGGCCUCCUGCUGUCCUUCGCCUUCCUCCCCUACAUCACCUUUGGCACCGGGGACAAGUACCGCAAGCGGGCCAUGAUCAUUGUCUCCCUGCUGGUCUUUGUGGGUCUCUUUGCCUCCCUGGUGAUCUGGCUCUACGUCUACCCCAUCAACUGGCACUGGAUCGAGUAUCUCACCUGCCUGCCCUUCACCAGCAAGUUCUGCGAGAAGUAUGACCUGGACCAGGUUUUGCACUGAUCCCACAGCCUGGAGACAGGGCAGGAUGGGGCAGAGGUUUUAACAUGGAAAGUUGGCACCAGCUGGAUUUUCUCAGUGACUGGGAAAGUGGCUUCAAAUCAGGGUGCAGCGGAGAGGGGCGGACAUUGCCGUUAAGUGCCCCCAAUCCUCUUCUCUGCUGUCUAAAGCCAUGCAGGAUGUUCACUCAGGGCUAGGCCUGCCUCAGAGCCCCAGUCUGUCCCUUAGCGCUGGUGCAGGGCACUGGGCAGGUGCUGUUAUUUUGGGGACACGGGGGGGAACUGCCCUGGUUGAUCACUGCUGGAUGUGGGAAGGAGUGGAGCUGAACUGACCUGGUUUGCAUUUGGUUCAGCCAACGUGGGACAGAUCUGUCACCCCACAUUGAAAAGCCAUAAUCCCCAGGUCCAGCUGCCGGCAUGGGAGCCCAGCAGCCACUUCACAUGGGAAAGACUCAAACCAAAUUGGGAAUGUGGGAGACUUUGGUGCUUUUGUUCCAUGCUGGGGAAAGGCCUCCAGUGGUGGGCCGUGCUCUGAGGUGAUGACCCUGUGCAGGGACUUGUGUUGCCAAACAGCCCUCACCAGUGCCUCUCCCUCUCGCCCUCAGUGAAUCCUUCCAUGGUGAAACUGCUGGAUCCUUCCUUAUGGGACUGAAGCCCCAAGAAUGAGGCAUUUCAGGGCUUGCCUUGAAAGCACCCAAAAGACACCUGUUGAACUCUGUCAGCAAAAUCUGCCUCUUUUCCCCACCUGCUGCAUCUCUUUCAAUGGUCUCCCUUUCCUGACCUGCACUGUACAGCCCUUCCUUCCUUGUGCCUAAUGGCAUGAGAUGGGGCUUCCCAUCCUGUAGCCCCAUCCCAUCUGAGUGCCUUGCGGGUACUGUGAAUUGUACUGUGAAAACGAACCCCUUUUGCAGGGGGCACUUUUUAUAUGCCAAUAUUUCUUACCUCCAUAAAGCUCUAGAGGAAAACACCAGUGAUCAGCGAUAGUGCCUGAACCAAAUGCUCACUGGUAAGAGUCCUCGAGUGAUCUUUGGGAAUACUAGUCGUUCUAGCGGCUCCAUUCAGUGAAUGCUGGUGCCUGGCUCAGAGGAAAUUGAUCGGUUUUAAUGACACUGCUCAGGCUGAUGCAGAGUCUGAUCUCCAGUGUGGUGCAUAAGGGCUAAUUCUGCCCACUUAAGUUGAGCAGUGCUUUGCUGUGAAAACCGCUCUGUUUGCGUAUUUAAGGUACCACUUCAGCCCAAGGAGGGGUGGUGGAAUUGGGCCAUCAGCAACACUUAUUUUUUCAGUCCCAACCUUCAUCAUCAAAGUAUCCCAAACUUUGUUUGCUCUUUAAAGUAGUGAAGGCCCCUUUUUAAAACCAUUGGCGCUUGGGGAUUACAUGCAAGGAAUAGGAUUUUUGAGGCUGGAGUUUUCCUUGUGUAAGCACAGAGACGCAGACUUGCCUCCAUCUGGCUUGCUACCGGAAUCCGUGUGUUCCUCGCCAGGAAACUGUUGUAAAGAUGAACUAACAGAGUAACAUGCUGCUGACAGUUCUGGGUCAGUGUGCAUGCGUUUGCUGAGGAAGGCACAAGAAGGGGGGGGGGGCAUGGGUUAGUUAGCAACUCUUACAGCCCCACCUUGCUUCAGACCCUUGGGGUUUCUAAAUUCUCCUCUCACGAUAUGACUGUCAGAAGGUGAUUCUCCACAUUUGGCACAGUAUUACCUCUUCUUUUUUUUUUUUUAACCCAUAAGGGGGGGGCGGGUAGAUUUUGCGUGAAAGAGGAACUGCUGACUAUCCCUUCAGUGUCCAAAUCGUGAUCUUGGAGAAUGGACCAAAAAGUGCACAGAGAAAUACCAAAUCUUAGUUUAUUCCUUAUCUUCUAGUGCCCAAGGACAAUAACUAUCCAGUUAGUAAAAGCAUGCCAGAUACUAUCCUAUAUGGUUCCUGUAUAUUAACUUGGCCAUUCGACUCUUUAAGUUAACAAGUAAUCCAACGUUUAAUUAUCUUGUAACUAGGAGACUGGAUCUCAUGAUAGAGAGAAAUAACAAUUAAGCUCUUAAGCAUGGUAUUUGGACCAGGUAGAGCUGGGCUUUUGAAAUUACACUGCUGCGUUACUGGCUGAGAUCUUGUUUUAAAGAAGCAAAUAUAAGUUCUUUUUAAGUCCUCAGUAAAUUAAAAUGAUUCCAUCCAUGAACCGAAGUGGAAAGUGCCUCCUUUAACACCGAUUUUUGAAGCUUUAAGAGCAUGUUAAUAAUGGGAAGACAGAGGCAUUCUCCUUGGGGUCCCUCGUUCUGAGACAGCCUGCGACGGACCGUGUUUACCUUCUGGCGGCUGUUCAGUAUGUUGUGUGCCAUGCGCUGAGGCGAAGGCUUGAAUAAUGGAUGGAGACCAAACUGCUAUCUCCUGCACAGAUGUGGGCUGGGGUUGGGUCAACAAUAAAGGAGGAAGCUUGCCCUACUGCUGCCUAUGCUGUACUUCCUCUCUGGCUAGGCAGGGAUGUCAGUUAAAGAUUGAAUAAUGAAUGCCUGGCAUUGCUCUCCUGAGCCCGGUGGCGCAGUCUGAGCCAUGGCAGCAUACGGUGUCAGUACAUAUUGCUCUAAGCACCCUAAUGGCCUGUCUGGCUUAUGAUCAGCUGUCUCUGAAGCAGGGAGAUGGGCCCCUUCAGCUCAUACAUUUCACACCGAUUAAACAGCUUCUCCCAUCGCACUUGUGCAUCUGGAAACUUCUCCCUGGGUUAGCAAAGAUGAACUGUGCUGGUGCUGGGCCGCAUGGUGUCCCAGUGCACUUGGGCUGGGUGGUUGGCUACAUACAGGGUGUGCUUCGUUACUGCCUCCAGUCCCACUCUGACCGCCCUCCCCCUGCCCUUCCAUGCUAGUUUAUCCAAAAACUGGAGCGCUACCCUGUCAUCACUGAUGCUUUUCAGUACUGUUUCCUUUAAUAAAUGUGUCUGUAUUUAAUGAGAAGCGCACGAAGCCCAUUUUCCAGGCUCAGCUGCUGCCACUGGAUGGAUGACACUAGGUGGGGGUAGUGACACUUGUUUUGUGACCAGUUGGGGGAGGGAGGGUGAAAUAAACAGAGCCAUGGUUGACUCUAAAGCCGAAGCAUAAAUUAAAUG